GCUUUUUAUUUGAAGCUGAAGGUGAUCAUUACAGGUUAUUUUCAGGGCGACAGUGGUGGAGGCCUGAUGACGCAAAAUGCAAACGGUAAUUGGGUUCUGCUUGGUGUCACCUCAUAUGGCAGCGACUGUGAACAGCUAUUAAAUAUGAGUGUUAAACCUCGCGCACAAACAUUCACGAAUGUUCGAUUAUACAGCUUUAUUAUUGAUAGGUUUACUGGUAUGUCGACACCAAAGCGGCAGAUCUAA